AGCAACCCCACAAUGGGAAACUCUCCUCCAAUUCUUGAGGAACCAAAAGAAACCAUCAACAACAACAAGAACAAAGAAAGGAAGCUAACCCUCCUGCCUCUUAUCUUCCUAAUCCAUUUCCAAACCUCUGGAGGCCCCUUUGGAGAAGAACCAGUCGUAAAGGCCACUGGACCACUCUUUGCCAUCCUUGGCUUCCUCAUCUUCCCUUUCAUCUGGUGUAUUCCACAAGCCCUCCUCACCGCCGAGCUUGCCACCGCCUUCCCCGGCAAUGGUGGUUAUAUCAUAUGGGCUUCUCAUGCUUUUGGUCCCUUUUGGGGCUUCCUCAUGGGGUCAUGGAAGUUCUCUAGUGGAGUUAUCAACAAUGCCUCCUACCCUCUCCUCUGCAUCGACUACUUGAAACUAUUGUUCCCUGUUAUUAACUCAGGCCUUCCUCGAUUUCUUGCCAUCUCCUCUGCCACCUUCAUCUUGUCUUUCUUUAACUACACUGGUGUAACAAUAUUUAAUUAUGCCACUGUAGCUUUAGGUACAGUCUCACUUACGCCAUUCCUUGUAAUGGCAGUGGCUUCCAUUCCCAAAAUCAAACCCCAACGUUGGAUCAGCUUGGGUCAGCCAGGGAUGAAAAAAGAUUGGAAUCUUUACUUCAAUACUCUCUUCUGGAACUUGAAUUAUUGGGACAAUGUGAGUACUUUGGCAGGAGAAGUUGAUCAGCCCCAAAAAACCUUCCCAAAAGCACUUCUCUCAGCUGGAAUCUUGACUUGUUUGGCCUACGUGAUCUCUCUUAUGUCCACAAUUGGGUCACUUGAAUUGAAUCAAGAGAGAUGGGAUGAUGGGUUCUUAGCAGAAGCUGCUGGUAUGAUAGCAGGUAAGUGGCUAAAAAUCUGGAUUGAAAUUGGUGUGGUAGUGUCUGCAAUUGGAGUCUUUGAAGCCCAAUUGAGCACUAGUUCAUUCCAGCUUCUGGGUAUGGCUGAUACAGGAUUCUUGCCACGAUGCUUCCAGUUGAGAUCGACAUGGUUUGAUACACCAUGGGUUGGGAUCUUAGUAUCAAGCCUUAUGACAUAUGCAGUUUCUUUCAUGGGCUUCACCAAUAUUAUAUCAGUGGCGAAUUUCUUGUAUGGUCUGGGGAUGUUAUUGGAGUUCUCUUCUUUUAUCUGGCUUAGAUGGAAGCAUCCCUUGUUGAAGAGACCUUUUAAGGUGCCAAUGGGAAUAAUAGGUUCAGUUAUGAUGUGUUUGGUUUCAACAGGGAUUUUGAUAUAUGUGAUGGCGAUUGUGAGUAAAGUGGUCUAUGUGGUGAGUGCUUCACUGACGCUUGCUGGGGUUGUUGGGUAUUUUCUCAUGAGGUUUUGCAAGUCUAAGAGGUGGCUUGAGUUUAACAAGGUUGAAGAUGAAGCUUGUGAACAGAUUGAAAGGACUAGUGACGAUGAGGGAACUGUUAUGUUAACUUUGUAGAAGUAGAAAUUUAGAGACAUAUUU